AUGAUGUCAAAUAACAUUAUUCGGCGUGCGUGUAUCGGAUUUCAGGCUGUAAGCUUCAAUCAGUGUUGCUCAGUUCGUAUCAAACCAAUCGCAUCCGUCCUGUCAAUGAAUUAUAGCCAAGGCAAUUUGUCACCGAAUAGCGUUACAACCGAUAAUAGUGCGAAUGAUAAGCGAUUUUGUGUUCCUAGUUUGCUGUCGCAUCAGAGGCGUCAAAUCUCGAACACGGCGAUCCGACGCGACAUCGACCAAGCUGCCAAAUACAUUGGCGCCGGGGCAGCUACUAUAGGAUGUGCUGGCGCAGGCAUCGGGAUGGGUGCAGUUUUUGGAUGCCUGAUAUUGGGUUAUGCUCGCAAUCCAUCGCUGAAGGUACAACUUUUCUCUUAUGCUAUUUUGGGUUUCGCACUAGUCGAAGCUAUGGGAUUGUUCUGCCUGAUGUUGGCAUUUCUUCUAUUGUUUGCAUUCUGA